AUGACGGAGAAUAAUAUUCCCCCAAUAUCGACACCUCAAACGGUGUCGGCUUCAGCGCCCAUUGAUCAAAAUCACUCCGUGGCUCAGGUUUCUACUACUCCGACCGCGUCGGUUACCGCCACUGCUGCUGCCGCCACUGCUGCUAUCAACAACUCCAUGAAUGGAGGAGGUGAACAGCUCCCUUGUCAAUGGGUCGGCUGUACAGAGAAGAGUCCCACUGCGGAAGCACUAUACGAACACGUCUGUGAACGCCAUGUCGGUCGCAAGAGUACCAACAACUUGAACUUGACUUGCCAGUGGGGAACUUGCAAUACCACAACCGUUAAGCGUGAUCAUAUAACUUCACACAUUCGUGUCCAUGUGCCAUUAAAACCGCACAAGUGUGAUUUUUGUGGCAAGGCUUUCAAGCGUCCUCAGGAUCUGAAGAAGCAUGUCAAGACUCACGCAGAUGACUCCGAGAUUCGAUCCCCGGAACCUGGACUGAAGCACCACCACCCUGAUAUGAUGUUCCCUCAAAACCCUAAGGGCUAUGCCGCUGCUACUCACUACUUCGAGGGUCCCAUGAAUGGCGUCUCGGGCCACCCAUAUGCCCAUGGCGCACCCCAAUACUACCAGACACACCCCGCGCCUCCUCCGGCCGCAAACCCUCACUCGUAUGGUAAUGUCUACUAUGCCCUCAGUCAGGGUCAUGAGGGUGCCCCGUCUUACGACCGUAAGCGCGGAUAUGAUGCCCUGAACGAGUUCUUCGGUGAUCUCAAGCGCCGCCAAUUCGAUCCCAACUCCUACGCGGCUGUCGGGCAGCGUCUAUUGGGCCUGCAGGCUCUCCAGCUUCCUAUCUUGAACGGACCUGUCCCCGAGUACCAGCCCAUGCCGGCUAGUGUUGCUGUGGGUGGUGGAGGUGGGGGUGGUGGUGGCUACAGCCCUGGCGGCUCUCAAGCUCCUGCAUACCACUUACCCCCGAUGUCUAACGUCCGCACUAAGAAUGAUCUGAUUAACAUCGACCAAUUCUUGGAGCAAAUGCAGAACACCAUCUACGAGAGCGAUGAGAACGUAGCUGCUGCUGGUGUCGCCCAACCUGGUGCCCACUACGUCCACGGCGGCAUGAACUACCGCACUACCAACUCCCCGCCAUCCCAAUUGCCUCCUAGCCAUGUCACGGCUACUAGCUCGGGGCCAAUGAUGGCUGCCUCCGCUCACUCUCCAUCCGUCGGCACUCCUGCCUUGACUCCUCCUUCUAGCGCACAAUCAUACACCUCCAACCGCUCCCCGAUCUCCAUGCCUCACAGUCACCGUGUUUCCCCUCCACAUGAAAAUGGUGCUGGCAUGUACCCCCGCCUGCCCUCCGCUACCAUGUCCGACAACAUGACCGCCGGCUACCCAACUGCAUCUGGCGCUGCACCUCCCUCUACUCUUGGUGCCUACGAUCAUGACGACCGCCGUCGCUACACAGGAGGUACCCUGCAGCGUGCGCGCCCUGCGGAGCCUGAGAGCCGCAUGGACACUUCUGACGGUGACCGAACUCCUACCAAGGAGCAGAGCCUCAAAAUCUCCGCCAGUCUGAUCGAUCCCGCUCUGUCUAGCGCUUCUCCUGACCCUGAUCAACAAGCCGCUCAACGGACUGCCCAGGCAGCGACCGAGGUGGCCGAGCGCGACGUCAAUGUCGCCUGGGUAGAGAAGGUCCGUCUACUUGAGAAUCUGCGCCGCAUUGUCUCUGAGCUCUUGGAGGCUGGUCAAUAUGGCGUUGAGGCCAUGGCACACAGUGACCGAUCUGCGUCACCGAUAGACAGUGCUAUGGAGGGUAUUGAGAUUAGCAGUGCACGUGCACAAUCGGAGCAAGAGCAAGUUAAGGAGGAAACACCCAAAUCUGAACCUGCGACCGAGACCAUCUCCUACCCGACCCUUCGUGGGUUGGAUGAAGACGGAGAUGCUAAGAUGCCCGGUGAUGAUGCCUAA